AGCUUGACUUUGGUCCAGAGAAAGAAGAAAGGAUGUGACUGAAGGCUCUCUCGUGUGUGUCAUCGGCCCUUUACUCGGUAACGUUACGCUGUUUGUUUGUGUCCCUCCUGCAUUUUACCGUCGACAUGGAGCUCGGUGGAAACUAGCAGGCGUGUACAUGUUCCAGUUCUCGUCCUUACCUUUGGAGAAUGAUCCACCGGCAGGUUAUUUUAUCCCAGGUUUUGGUGUGCUUUGGGUUGACUGGUCAUUAUGCUGAUGCAGCUCUGUAGUAUCAAGAACUUGUACCAGAAUCGGUUCCUGGGUCUGGCGGCCAUGGCCUCCCCAACCCGCAGCAGCCAGACCCGCCAGCGCUGUAAGGACGCGGUUCGUCACAGCUACGGCCCAGACACCUAUGCUGUCAACGGUCUGAACCAGGAGGCCUUCAUGCUGGGGCUGUCGCGGUCCACCAGUGACACUGAUCUGGUCUCCCCAGAUGCUCGCUCCACCCUCACCAUCAGCUCCUCCCACUACACCAUAGGCCAGUCUGAAGACCUGGUGAUCACAUGGGAUAUCAAGGAGGAGGUAGAUGCUGGAGACUGGAUCGGCAUGUAUCUUGUUGAUGAGGCUUUGUCUGAGAACUUUCUGGACUACAAGAACCGAGGCAUCAAUGGAUCUCACAAGGGACAGAUCGUUUGGAAAAUUGAUUCCAGCUCCCACUUCAGUGACUCGGAGACCCAGGUCUGCUUCAGGUACUACCACGGUGUCACUGGAGCACUGAGGGCAACCACACCCAGCGUCACCAUCAAGAAUGGCUCUGCACCUGUAUUAAAGCCAGUGGUUAGUCCUGAGGUCAACCAUGGACUGGGCAACAGGAGACUCAUUAACUUUUCCCUGUCAGACCUCCAGGCAGUUGGAUUGAAGAAGGGGAUGUUCUUCAAUCCAGACCCCUACCUGAAGCUCUCCAUCCAGCCUGGAAAGCACAGCAUCUUCCCCUCUCUGCCACACCACGGCCAGGAGAAACGCUCCGGAGUGGUCUGCAACACAGUUAACCCACAGUGGAGCACGGAGAGGUUUAACUUUGUGUCUCUGCCCACUGAUGUCUUGGAGAUCGAGGUGAAGGAUAAGUUUGCAAAGAGUCGGCCAAUCAUCAAACGCUUCCUGGGGAAGCUGUCGGUCCCUGUCCAGAGGCUGCUGGAAAAACAUGCUAUUGGGAAUCGGGUAGUGAGUUAUUCGCUAGGUCGGAGGUUGCCGACGGAUCAUGUCUGCGGCCAGCUGCAGUUCCGCUUUGAGCUGACCUCCUCUAUUCACCCAGAUGAUGAGGAGGUCUCCCUCGUGAUAGAGCAAGCCUGUUCUGAGGAGGAAAAUGGAGCAAAUAACAUCCAUGCUGCUGAUGCACUUGAUGAUGACACACUAAGUGUGGGACCUGACAUGCCUGACCUCCCCCUGGAUGCACCUUCAGACCCUGAGACCUCUGCACCACUAGCCCCCACAGUGGAGGCCUCCACAUCUGAGGAGGUCCAACCUGCUAAGGAGGAGGCUGAGGCGACACCAGAGGUGGAUCAAGGAACUGUGGAGGAGGAGAGCACAGUGAGGGAGGAGCUUAGGACUACAGAGCCCCAGGUGGAGCAGGAGGCGGAGAUCUUGGCUGAACAGCAGGAGGAGAACAGAGGAGUGGAGGGAGAAGAGGGAGGAGGUGAGGAGAGGCUGCAGCAGGAAGAAGAGGAGGAGCAGAGAGCAGAGUCUGCAUCACAAGCUGAGGAGGAGGUCACAGUAGAAGAAAUGGAGGUUGGAGAGGAAAGCCAGCCGAAGCCAGACUCAGACAGUCCUGAAGCAGCAACAACAAACACUGAUGCUACUGCUGUGGAGGCAUCCCACGAGGGCACUGAACAACCAGCUGAAGGGUCCCCGCAGGAGGUGACAGAGGGGGGAAAAAGAAGCUGCGUCCCCUGCACCUGCCAGUCGCUCUUCUCAAACUACAACUCCCAUGCUCCCUCACGGCGUAAAAACCGCCCCUGCUCACUUCCGGUGUCAGAACUGGAGACGGUGAUCGCAUCGGCCUGCGGUGAGCCGGAGACACCCCGUUCCCACUACAUCCGGAUUCAUCACCUACUCCACAGUCUCCCCUCGGCCCAACACAGAGCUCCCAGCCAGGAGGAGGAGGACACAGGGGAGGGUGAGAACUCAAGCAUCACUCAAGAUACCACCUCCACAUCACCAACACUUAAAAGCUCCAAAGAGGAGGAGGGGCAGGAGGAUGAGGAAGAGGAGGAUACAACUCAGUCUCCCUCUCAGGUCCCUGAGUGUCCUGGCCCCUGCUGCCGUCGCUCCCUACCUCGCAGCCUCUCCAUUGAACGGCUCUCUGAGCUGAACCAGCUCCUGGAAGGUGAAGGAGUAGGCGGAGGACAUGCGGCUGUCAGGAGGAUCUCUCCCUCCUGCUUGGAGAGCGAGGAGGGGGAUUCCAGUAACGGAGGAGGAAGAAGAAUUGGCCCGAGCACUCACCGGCCUCCGGGUGAGAACGAGUGUGAGUUUUGCGACACCUCCUGCUACAGCACCUCUUGCUACAGCACUUCUUGUUACAGCACGUCAUGUUACAGCAACUCGGGCUACGAGGGGAGGGGCCGCUUCUGCAGCCACACCCGCCUCUCCUCAGUGGACAGCAACAGACUCUCCGGCAGCACUGUGUUCUCCUCCCAGGAUGAAGACGAAGAUGAGGAGAGCGCCUUUGACGCUGGCCACACGCCAGAGGGCCAGGAGGCGGGUGGGGCAGGAGGAGAGAGGAGCGCAGGGAGGUGGAAGGAGGCCAGGCGAGGGGAGCAGGGGGAGCCAGCCGUGGCGGGGCCCAGUGAUAGCAUCAACUUUGGCUCAGGCUUCUCCCCUCCUGUUGGCCAUCUUCCAGUCCUGCGACCAAGCCAUGACCUAAACCAUUUUCCUGCUGCCACUGACCAAGCCUUACCUCCAAACUGGGAAGCUCGGAUCGACAGCCAUGGCAGAGUUUUCUAUGUGGACCAUGUGAACCGGACCACAACCUGGCAGAGACCGACACACGGCAGCAAGUGUAACCACGGCAUCCCCCGCUCAGGAUCCACCCAGCAGAUGGAACAGCUCAACAGGAGGUACCAGAACAUCCAGAGGACCAUGGCCACAGAGGAGGACGGUGGGAGUCAGAGGUUAGAGCGCAGCGGCAGUACAGAGACUGAUUCAGAUGCUCCUCAGACAGGCCCCGCCUCCCCUGUCAAUCACCAGAAGAUCAGCCAUCUCCUCCAAUCACCUGCUGUCAAGUUCAUCACACACCCAGAGUUCUUCACUGUGUUGCACAGUAAUUAUGCAGCCUACCGAAUGUUCACCAGCAGCAGCUGUGUGAAACACAUGAUCCUGAAGGUGCGUCGUGAUGCCAGGAACUUUGAGCGCUACCAACAUAACCGGGACCUGGUGGUUUUCCUCAACAAGUUCGCAGACACUCAGCUGGAGCUGCCAAGAGGCUGGGAGAUCAAGACUGACCCCCAGGGCAAGUCUUUUUUUGUGGACCACAACAGUCGAGCCACGACCUUCAUCGACCCUCGCAUCCCUCUGCAGAAUGGCCGGCUGCCCGGCCACCUUGCCCACAGACAGCAUCUGCAGAGACUACGCAGCUACAGCGCUGGGGAGGCCUCUGAUGUGUCCAGGAGUCGGGGGGCUUCUCUGAUGGCCAGACCUGGAAACAGCCUGGUAGCCGCCAUACGAAGUCAGCAUCAUGCUGACUCACAACAACUCAGCGCUCCGUCUUACAAUGACAAGAUAGUGGCGUUCCUUCGACAGCCAAACAUAUUUGACAUGUUGCAGGAGCGACAGCCCAGCCUCAGCAGAAACCACGCACUGAGGGAGAAAAUCCACUACAUUCGGACAGAAGGUACUCAGGGGGUGGAGAAGCUGUCAUGUGAUGCCGAUCUAGUCAUCCUUUUAAGUUUAUAUGAAGAGGAAAUCAUGUCCUAUAUUCCGCCUCACCCCAUCCACCCUGGCUUCAGCUUCUCUCCUCGCUGCUCCCCCACCUCUUCACCACAGAACUCUCCUGGCUUGCAGAGGGCCAGGGCUCCAGCUCCUUACCGCAGAGACUUUGAAGCCAAACUAAGAAACUUCUACAGGAAAUUAGAAGCCAAGGGCUACGGCCAGGGACCAGGCAAGAUCAAGUUGUUGAUCAGGAGAGAACACUUGCUGGAGGGAACUUUUAACCAGGUGAUGGCGUACUCCCGCAAAGAGCUGCAGAGGAACAAACUCUACGUCACUUUUCUGGGAGAGGAGGGAUUGGACUACAGUGGUCCGUCCAGAGAGUUCUUCUUCCUCUUGUCUCAGGAGUUGUUCAAUCCGUACUACGGCCUGUUUGAAUACUCAGCUAAUGAUACUUACACCGUUCAGAUCAGCCCCAUGUCAGCAUUUGUUGAGAACCAUCUGGAAUGGUUCCGUUUCAGUGGUCGUAUCCUGGGCCUGGCUCUGAUACAUCAGUACCUGCUGGAUGCUUUCUUCACGAGACCCUUCUACAAGGCCCUGCUCAGACAGCCGACAGACCUGUCUGAUCUGGAGUAUCUGGACGAGGAGUUCCACCAGUCUCUGCAGUGGAUGAAAGACAACGACAUCACUGACAUCCUGGACCUCACCUUCACCGUUAACGAGGAGGUCUUUGGCCAGGUGACGGAGCGGGAGCUGAAGUCGGGAGGCUCCAACCUCCAGGUGACUGAGAAGAACAAGAAGGAUUACAUAGAGCGAAUGACCAAAUGGAGGGUGGAGAGAGGAGUGGUGCAGCAGACAGAGGCGCUGGUCCGAGGCUUCUACGAGGUGGUAGACUCCAGGCUGGUGUCAGUGUUCGAUGCACGGGAGCUGGAGCUGGUCAUCGCCGGGACUGUAGAGAUCGACCUCAGUGAUUGGAGGAGCAACACAGAGUACAGAGGAGGUUACCAUGAUGGGCACAUAGUGAUGCGGUGGUUCUGGGCCGCUGUGGAGCGGUUCAACAAUGAGCAGCGUCUUCGUCUGCUGCAGUUUGUCACCGGGACGUCCAGCGUGCCCUACGAAGGCUUUGCCACGCUGCGGGGAUCUAAUGGUCUCCGACGGUUCUGCAUUGAGAAGUGGGGCAAAGUCACAUCACUACCCAGAGCUCAUACGUGUUUUAACCGCCUGGACCUGCCUCCGUACCCUUCCUACACCAUGCUGUAUGAGAAACUGCUGAUUGCGGUGGAGGAAACCAGCACAUUUGGCCUGGAGUGAGAGACAAACCAACACUGCAUCCCUCUCUGUGCAACGCUGGCUGGGCUAAAAUGCAAGAGAAAAAGCAGCUCUCGUGUGCUGUACUGCCUGGAUUGUACUCAACAACGUUUUUGGUCAUGUGGAUCUAUGUACAUCACUGUUAUGGUACCGUGUGUUAGAGUCCACAGUAUGACAGUGUGUGUGUGACAGCACCACAGCAGGACUACGGUUAUUUUUAUAUUAAUCACUAAGACUGAAGAAUAUGAAACACUAAAACAGCGUUUUUUUUAAAUAUUUAUAUAUGUGUAUAUAUAUAUAUAUAUAUCCAGUAUAUGCAUAUCUGAAGAAGGGGUAUGUAAAAUUGAAUCAAGAUCAUUUAAGUUGCAUGUAGCAAAAUGCAUCAUCCAUCCAAAGGUAAAAUUCUACAGUAAUAGAAAACGCUAACAGACAACAAACUAACAGCAACAAGAAAACCUAUAGCUACACAACUAGAACUUUACAUAAAAUCUAUGAAAGCUAAAUACUUGAGAACUUGUUGGAACUUAUAUUUAAAUUUAUCCUUACACCUGGGAUGAACAUUUGAAUUCACAGAAAAGAGUUAAAUGAUAAAGUAAAAACAAAGAGAAACAAAUAGAAUAGAAUCAGAAAGAAAAAUAAAACAAAUUUAGACAAAACAAGCAUUUAAUAGAAACAGAAAUUAGGAAAGAAAUUUAUACUGGACAAAUAACAUUAAGCGUGCACAUAAAACAGAUCUUCAGGUUUGUCAUUUGUUACACCAAACAAGAAUUGGAGAAGUUAUAAUUAUAGUAAUAAUGUUGGCUAAUUAAGCAGUUAACAUUUAAAAGAGCUUAGAACACACACAUUUUUACAUUUACGUUUGUACUUUUCUGUGAAUUCAAACCUGAAUUCGAAUGAAGUGUGCAAAUUCCAGCACACCAGAUCCUCAGGUGGUUUGCUGCUCUAACACAUUCAGAUAGAUCUAAAUGUGGCUUUAAAGAAGUGGUUCAAAGCAUAAUACAGAUUUCCAAAAGCUCAUCAGAUAGAUGCAAAGUCUGGUAGCCCUGAUGCCAAAGGAACAAUCAUGAGUGGUUUUUAAUCUGAAGAGCCUACGAGGAUCAUUAUGUAUUUUGUCUGGACCUUGGCGGGCCGAUAGGAGCCUGCCUGAGGAUCGUGUACACAAGGAAUUAGAGUGAUGUAGCUUGGUGCCAGACACCAGUCAUUUCAGGGUGACCAGUGGAACUUUACAAUCAACUCUGAAACUAUAAACAAUGUAAAGAUGCUUACAUUAUAUAGAUCUUGUCUGUUUGCUCCAGUCAGUGCUGUAGCUACCCCCGAUGAGAGGGGACAUUUUGACAAUAGACAGAGCUGCAGAAGUUCAAGCAACAGGGAUUACUUUUUCUAGACCACUUAGCUUUUUGGCUUAAGUUGAAGACAUCAUGGCUAAUGACAGCAAUUAAUAAAUCCUGCACUUUGCAAGUUGACUAAGAAGAGAGGCUGGGCUAUCCCUGUUUUCUUUACACAGAUAGAUGUAAAGGUAAAAAUGUGUUUGUAGAUAAUUUAAAAGAGGCCAGAAAGAAGCCUGCAAAUUGAUAAGAAAAUAAAUAAGUAAAUGUGAGGAACCUGAGGACCCGAUGAGGAUUCAGAUAAGAUGACUACAGUGAGUAGAAGCUGGGCCACUGAAAAAUACGUCAGUGUCCAUAAUGCUGUUAAAAUAUUCAACAAGCUCCUCAGUAAUGAGCAGAGACACAAGAGAAGUGCUUAAAGCCUUUCAAGAAUUGGUCUGACACGGUCUGGCACAGUGAAACUGUGGAAAGAGUGAAAUAGGAUUACUUCAUAAACAGCUUGUCCUUUGGUGAAAUUCAGAUACAGUACACUGCCUGCAAAUCAAAAAAGGUAAAGGGUGUAGUGUACUCCUUUAAACAGGUGGAUCUAAUGGGAUGAAUAACUACUACAAUACCUUUUCCAGUUCUGAUACUCAAGAAGUUCAGUCCAAAGUGAGGACAGCAGCCGGCCACAGACUCUCACGUUCUCCUCUGGAUAGACAGCAAUGUUACUGACAGAGAACUGAAAGUGUCUUGUUCUGCAGUGCUUUCAAAAGCAGAGAUGUCACAUCCCCUGAUAAAGUAGCCAUCAACUCCAACACAAGGGCUUCUGUGAGACUGAAGGUGACCAUGUGAUCAAGCAAACAGGUAGUUCAUGAAUCCUUGACGACAAAGAAUGCAUGUGGACGUUGUGUCCGCAGCUGGCUGAAUCCUGUUGGCCAGAGUGGUGCUUCCUCUGUCGGCGUCUCUGCUCCUGCCGUAUGAGCGGGAGCUGCUUGUACUCUUAUUCAAGACCUCCAUUGAUGAACUCCCUCUCUUUGUAACGUCUCCACAGUGUUGCUCUUUGCACGGAACAGCUGGUUCAAAGCCGCAUGUAGGUUUCUAAGGGCCUGGGAUCAUUGGCUCAGCUCCUUGAACCAAUCCGGCCUUUCUGGAAUAAACUUGUGUAAUGGGGCCCGUGGACAAACCAGUGUAAUAUAUGCAAUAGUUUGGACCUUUACUCCAAUCUAUUCCACAGUUUACCAUGUUCUCUCAGACAAUGACCGACUGCAGCAUCUCUAGUCCAGUAAUGAAAGUGUCCCUCGGUAUGUGGCCUGUGGGGUUGAGGACUUAGUUAGUACCUGAGCUUGACAUAAGGAAAGUCCUGAGUUCAGAUCUUUGCCUUGGUUCUUUUUGAUUUGCAUGUUCUCCUAGUUUUCUGUGACUUUCCUCUCACACGCCAAACAUAAGUCCAGUUCAUUGGAGAUUCUGUUGUCUGUCUGAUAAAUUUUCUAAAGUGAUGUCACUUGCGUCAGCGUCGGUUACAACAUUGAAAUCUCAAUGAGCAGUGAGCUCCCCACACAUCUGUAGCCCACUGCUCAUGUCUGCUACUAGCAUAGCACACCAGAAUCCCUGUUGGCUGUCGAAUUGCAUCGUGGGUAAUGCAGGCACCGGAUUUCGCGACAACAAUGUCUGGAAUAAAAAAGACAAUGUCUCCAGUUGUGCUGCAUUGGUUUUGAUACUUUUUUUAAACUGUACAGCACGAGUCCAAUAAUCGUCGUCUGCGUAUUUAUGUUAGUUGGACAGUUGUACAGAACAGGACCUACCCACAUUUGGAUCUAGCGCAAGAAAAGCAAGACAGCUGCACAUGCAAUACAAAGUAUAAAUGAUAUUCUGUCACAUGUGGAGGUUGUCCAGAUGUGCAGCCCAGUAUCCACGGGGCUUAUGUCCAUGCUAGAUGAUUCAGUAUGGCACAAUUUACAUCCAGUUUCAAUGCAGUAAGUAGUGUGGCCUUUGUGUAGCAAGUUGGAAAGUAACGGUGUGGAGGCUGGAUGAUUAGUGCGUCGAACUUUCAGGCAGGAGACCAGAGAUUGCAUCUCAUCACAGACCUGCAAUUAAGGUUGGCCUAACCCUUUUUUGCCUAGCCCCAACCACACUGGAACCGUAGUUUAUUUGCCAUGACGACAAUCUUUCCUUGACCCUAACCCUACUGCAACCCUACCCUACCUUUUUUUAACUGAUUGGCAUUGGAUGUAAAACUAUUGUCAGUUAACAUCAUCUAGGGUUUCACACAAUCAUCCAGUAUCAACAUUCUUGUCUGGCGAUAGGUUUAACAUAUGAUGCCCUUGAAAUGCCAAGUGUAAAUGGGUCCAGGGUUAAAAGUGUUAGCCCUGACAGAGAAUGGCAACUUGGAUGCUGUCCUUCCCUGUCAUUCACCCAAAGCAUGCUGGGAUAGGCUCGAGCCCCCCGCCCCCGGACAGGACUAAGUGUAAGGAACAGGUAGUCAGAUUUCAUGACAUGACUGAAUAUACACGUCAUAUGAACAGUAUACAGGUUCAAACUUCACUUUUUUUAUCAUUUUCAUUUGAAACACUACUGAGAUAAACAUCUCAAAUGACGUGUGAUGUUACCUAAAUGGUGCUUUAUUUGCGUACUAGCUACAGAAAUGAUCACAAUGGGGUAAUCCGGCACUACAGAAGCUUAAUUCUUGCAGAUGAAGGUAUAGAUAUAUGAAGAUUAGGCAAAGCAAGAAUGAAUUUGAUUCGAAUCACUGUACGUUAGUGCUGCACUCAUCCUUGGCAGUGGCGAGGCCUUAUCCACUCAUCUCUACAAGCAUGAGGACAAGGCUGUGAUUAUGUUGCAUCUUCUCUGUCUUUUUUUCUACAAACUUUUGUACUGUUAUUUAUACUGUAUCAUAUUUCUAAGUAAAGGGGAGUCCUGAAGCUCCCCUCGAAUGUUUUGUUAGUUUGCAGUUUUUUGAUGUUGUCAUAAGAAGCAUCAGUCAAAGAGUUUGCCUUCACUUUUAGAGCCUUUGCGUUUUGUCUUUUCUAUUAUGUCUUCAGCUAGCUGGUCAUCUGUCGCUCAGUGCAGAAAACAUUUCUUUUUCCAAUCAGCUCACAGAAACUUUCUUUUUUUGUUCACCACUUUCUUUGGGUCAGUUUCAGUAUUGAGGUUCUGUCUAUGUUUUCAGAAAUGUAUUCAAUGUCACAGAUGUCUCACUAUUUCAUACAUUUCAAAGCUGCAUGUAUCCAGCAAGUAAUCUGUGUUUUGGGCAGUUUAAGACAACAAAUGACAAAGAUAAAAAUAAGAGAUUUUUGUAUGUAAUUUGUUGACAGUGUACGGAAGUUUUGUUUUUAUUGGGUUGAUAUGUUGAAUUCAUACAUUGUAGAUCUUGAACAGUGGAAUUUAUUCUGGAAAAAGAAUGGUUAACAAUGCUCCUAUAACGUGGAUAUUGAUCACAGCUAUUAUAGAAAUAUUUAAAUAAGCUUUUGGAGAAGUAAGAAUCAUGAGAUGUCUACCAAAAGAUAAGGUGGUGGCAAACUGUAGCAGCUGUUUGGUAUUUCUGUCUUUUCAACCUAUUUAUUUGUCUAUUUAUUUUCAUUUUAAAAAGGGACUUUAACCAAGGGAACAUGUGAAUGAGUCGACAGGUGGGGGCAGCUUUGCUGGAGGGUGACACUGAAGCAUGUGUAUGUUUUUGUUUUGUUUCUAGUUGUGUGUCUGUGUGUAUACACAUGUAAAUAAUGUGGAAAGGUACAGUUCUGAUUUGUCUGAGAACGGGUUCCUAAAUACUCAGACUGUCCAAUCACCCCACCACACAAUACAACUGUUUAUGACUCUCAAUAAAAAGGUCACUUUGUUA